AACGCACUGGUGGCACAAAAAGACAAACUGAUUGCUGAACAGAAGGCAGAAUGGGAACAGUUAAUGGCGGAAGUGAUUCGAAAACAGGUGAAUUACCUGGAGCAACACCGAGCCACAGCGGAGGAGUUUGACAAGGAACUGGACGAGCUUCGAACCAAGCAUUCUGAGGAAUACAACGCGUUAAAGGUCUCUCUAGAGAGUGAAGUGGAAGUGAGUAAUAAUACAGUGCGUUUACAUCAAAAAUUUAAUACAUGUCUGCUCUAUUCCCUGGUCUCCACAAAACAUCCUGAUUCCCUUAGUAACCUACAAGAGUUUUAG